UUUAUAGUCAGGUCAUUAAAAUGUAGUACUAAUGUCUUAAGUAGGAGAAGAUUCCUUAGAUUCUUGUCGUCUCUUCAAUUUGUUUUCUGAACAAUUUCAGAUUUUGAAUGAGGAAUUGUAUGGAAUUUUGGAGGAAUUCAGUGGUGUUUUUCUUGGAUUCUUUGGACCAAGAACUUGAUGGAUACAUGGGAAUAUUUUCCUUUUCACGGGAAGAAAAUGUGAUCUUGAAGUCCUGUCAUUUUUUGUGGAUUAAUUAUCAAGGGGACUUAGGAGGAACUCUAGUUGACUAGUAUUGUAAUUAUUGUCAAAGGGAAUGGUCAUUUGGUUUGGAGAUGAUGGAGGUUAAUGCUGGAAAUUCCCGUUCGAAUGAGAAACAACAGUCAGAGUGCCCAAAAUCUGCUGAUAAAGGGAAAAAGCCUGCAGAAAAAGAUGCAAGCAGUUCUGUAUUUGUAAAUCAUGCUGCAAUUGCAUGGCAUGAGAACAGAAGAAGGUGGGUGGGGGAUAAAUCUCAACAGUCACAAAGGGUCAGUAAGGAUCCAGUUAUAAGCUGGUCCACAACAUAUGAAGAGCUGCUCCUAACUAAUGAGCCAUUUCCCGAGUCAAUUUCUUUGCCAGAGAUGGUAGACUUUCUAGUUGAUAUUUGGCACGAUGACGGCCUCUUUGAUUAGAUGAUCGGUGAUGACGGUUGAGUAGUGGCAUGGAGACUGUUAGACAGUGGAGAAAUUGUUUCAUGUAGCUGAUUUUUUUUUGGUCUUAUAAACUACACAUAUGGAAAGCCUCCAUUAUUCUUCAAAUUGACUGCCAGUUGCAGGCCAGGACUCUUUUACUCCCAAGACUUAUGAGACCCACAUUUUGACAUAGUAUAAACAUAUUGGCUAGCAAAAGGAAAUUGAUGUAUUAGACUCAUUAUGAACCAGUGAAACUCUACGAAGAGAUAUUAUCUGUUUUUCCAUUUGCAUUGUGAUGGGUAGUUGAGUAGUGUGUGUGCAUAUAUAUAUAGACGCACACUUAGCAAAUUGCUUCUUAUUUUUAACUUCAUUGUCUGCGCCAUUGAUAUGAACUCAAUUAAGUUUUGCCUUUGAAUACAAAUUAUUGAAUUACAUGACA